AUGAGGACGUUAGCAAGCUUUCGAGACGACAUUGUCAACGUUCGAUAUGCUCGCUCGAAACUCGCCACUCUCGUUGGCACCCUCGCUCUUUUGCCUCGUUUGGUCGACGCUUUCUCAAACCCAGUCCUUUGGAAUGACCUUGCGGAUCUGGACAUCAAGCGAGUAGGAAACACUUUCUACUACUCGGCGUCGACUAUGCACUAUUCGCCUGGAGCCCCAAUCCUGCGCUCUUACGACCUCUUCAAUUGGGAAUACAUUGGACACUCCGUCCCGACCCUCGACUUUGGAAGCAAGUAUGAUCUCAACGGCGGGCGCGCAUACGUCAAAGGAGUCUUCGCUUCGUGGAUCGGUUUUCACCCGACUCAGAAUAAAUGGUACUGGGGAGGAUGCGUUGAAUACUCGAGGACGUACAUCUACAGUGCUCCCUCCCCUACUGGUCCAUGGACGCGAUGCUACUAUGACUCUGGACUACUGAUCGAUGAUAAUGGCACAAUGUACAUCUCAUACGCAGCCAACAAUGCCAUCUACAUGGCGCAGAUGGCGUCAGACCUAAAGAGUGAAGUCAGGUCACAACUCAUUUACACUCCGCCAUCCAGCGUUGGCUACCUCGAGGGUACCCGGCCGUAUAAGCGCAACGGAGUAUACUACGUCCUCUUGACAAAGCCUCCCAACGGCACGUACAUGAUCAAGGCGAGCAGUCCUUUCGGCAGCUAUUCGAUGAAGAAUCUGGUCUUGAACACACCGCAUCCAGUCCCUGGCUCCGGUGCGCCUCAUCAAGGCAGUCUCGUCGAUACUCCAAACGGCCAAUGGUACUACAUGGCUUUCCUGGAUGCUUACCCUGGUGGCCGCAUUCCCGUCCUUGCACCCAUCACUUGGGGAUCAGACGGCUUCCCAGCUGUUACGCUCGUCAAUGGUCAAUGGGCAACCUCCUACUCAGAUCCACUCAGCGCACGCCCUGUUGCAUCGAUCACUGGGGUCGACUAUUUCACCGGCUCCUCGCUUGGACCCAAAUGGGAAUGGAACCAUAACCCGGACACGAGCAAGUUCUCCGUCGGCAAUGGUCUCGUUCUCAACACUGCAACCGUCACCAACGACUUGUACAGCGCUCGCAAUACGCUAUCUCAGCGUAUUCUGGGGCCCAUCUCUACGGCGACUAUCAGGCUCGAUUAUGGUAGCAUGAGCAAUGGCGACCGUGCUGGACUCGCCAUGUUCCGAGACAGGUCUGCUUGGAUUGGCGUCAAGCGUGAUAACGGCGCCUACACUGUGGCCUUUACAACAGGGAUCAAUAUGGACACAACUUGGGCUACUACAUCCACUGGUUCGACGACGGCAAGCGCAUCUAUUAGCGGUGGCACGAUCUACCUUCGCGUCACGGCCGAUAUCCAACCCAGCGGCUCCAAACAAGCUCGAUUCUACUAUAGCACCAAUGGAAGCUCAUGGACUGCUCUUGGUGGGGCAUUUACCCUGAAUACAGAUUGGCAGUACUUCAUUGGAUACCGCUUCGCCAUCUUCAACUAUGCUACCUCGUCGCUCGGCGGACGCGUCACUGUUCCGUGGUUCCAAUUGGACGCUGGAUCUGGAGGCUCCAUCCCCGGUGGCGGCCCACAGAGCACUAGUUCGAGUGGCCCAGGAUCCUCGAGCUCGUCCCCCCGGCCAUCGUCGACUUCGACAAAUGGAGGCGGUAGUUGUAUGGACAGUGUGGAGGUCAAGACUAUACUGGUUGCAAAAACUGCGUUGACUCGACCUGCACUUUCUCGAACCAAUGGUAUUCGCAGUGUCUCUGAGCGGAAACGGAAAGAUGGCCCCCGAGUUGUGGGCGACACCGAUUCAUACGUUCAUACGAUUGGUGCAUGGAAUUCAGAUCUUUAUACCAUGGAAUAUAUUAUCAGAGAUGUGCCGAAUGGCUUCUCCUUUCAGCCCCCGUUUGCAUGA